CUAAUAUAUUUCAGAGAACAUAUCCUUCGAUACGACUAAAAAUUUUCGAACUCGAACAAUUUGAAACACAUGAAUCUCCUGAAUUGCAGAAGCUCAUUGAUUACGUUCGGAUAUUUUUGCAUCCUGAAUUUUGUUGUCGUACACGCCACUGGAAAAACGUAACUGGUAUCUUUUUAUUCUUAUUCUAUGUUCUGUGUUGAAAUAGAAUUCUAUCUUUCUUCUAUCCAACAUUUACUUUCGCCAAGACCAUCGAACAAAGAGGUGUGCUUUAAAAAUGUUUUCAUGAACUACUCAAAAUUCUCAAGUUCAUCAUUUUUCCAUGUUAUAAAUUUCUUAGCGUCUUGACGGUGCUUGUAAUUUUGCAUUUAUAACAUUUUUUUGCUUACAGUGUUUACUAUUCUAUUCUAUCCGUGACAUAAUAUUGUGAAUGAAAUGGGUGACAAGCCCGUAAUGUAUUUUCAUUUCGCCAGUGGCGAUACCCGACUAACAUUCGCUGUUGGCAGUAAUCCCAUGGCUGGCCAGCAACCCCGUACUGCCGGCGCUGGCGCCGUUAGCAGUACGACCUGUGCGAAUACCGCUUCUAAGCGUCAGGGGUGCGGCUCGCGUAGUGGUGGUUGCAAUAGUUCCAGUGCUUCCAUGUCUGAGACCAGGAACUCCACUAUGGCCCUUAUGCCCCCUCCUAACUCUUCGCAGAUGAACAAGACACCAGCUUCUGCAGGUGGUCGCACCAUUUGUGCAACCAGCUGCAAAGCUUCCUGUAACAUGAGCCGCAAUUCAACUAUCGCCAAUCGAAGUGUUGCUCAGCCACCUCCAAGUUACCAGAGCUUCAAAACGCCACAAAACAAAACUUCGGCCCAGAUGUAUUCAACUCGUAAGGAACAACUAAGCAGCACACUGUUGCCUGGCUACGAACCUGUUGCAACCGAACCUACUAUCAUUGCUGGGAAUACAUCGAUGUCCAAACCAUGCGGCCCUAAUAUUUCAGCAUACCAUUCGGUAUCAAAGAGCUGCUGCCAGAAGUCGAGUUUUGUCAACGCGACUGCAACCAGCGCUAGAAGAUUGUAAGGCGUGAUGAGCGAUUUUUAUUGGCGGUAGAUUUUUUGUGCUCAUAUUUUUUAUACUAUACCAAUUCAACAUUCAGGUUCGUCUGACAAAAAUAGUCAUAAUUCAAAACUUUAGAGAAAUGCCACUUACAUGAGACACGAGACUUUGGACAUCGACUUUAUUUCCAGAGAAUUUUACAUUUUUGUCAUUUUUUAUUCAUGACCAAAAGUUCGAAAGCUCUAUAGGUACAUCAUCUGGCUCAUAGAUUUCCAAAAGGUUAAAACGAAUUAAGCCUAGAUUCCAUGAUACCUAUCUACUCCAAAUUACGCAUGGUUCAAAUUUAUUUUAUAUGAAAGACUGUAAAUCAGAAAAAUCGCUGCCUAGCGUUGUAUAUGGGCAGCCUGCUUCCACUUCAACUGUAAGGUUUUUUGUAAUAAUUUUACCUGUCGAUACAUCCAAAAGGUACCUGUUGAAAAUUGUGUUACGUUACCAUAGAUACGUAUUGAACGUCGAACGUAAUAACGGAGUUAGACUUUGCUAAGUACCCUGUAAUCUGUGAGUUCGCUUGACCCCCGCUUGACCUUCAAAGCCUUUCGAUGGUAACGUAACCAAAAUAACUGUGACACUAUUUUGGCCAAAAUUAUGCUAAAAACACUAAAACUGAGAUGGAAUUAAACGUAAGUAUUUUCGACAAGCUUUCAAUGGCAACUCUAUCUUAAUGUCUGACCAUCCCCCUCCCCAUUGUCUAAGCAAAUUUCUCACGGGGGGUGAGAGAUUUGGGAGGGGGUCCCAAUGCUUAGGGCAACAUUUUGGUACUUUUUUACAGUUUGAACCUAUCAGGUUUCACGCACAUGCUCUGAAUACCAUUUAAUGUCUAGAAAAUGAGGAAGAUCUGGCUCGCCGACCCAACAGUUUGCAGUAACAUGAUAACUAUCAAUUUCCAUUGAACUCCAUACCUCUGCUAAUACAUUCGCGGUAAACUUAAAUUUUAUAUUUCUAAACGUCCAUUAAUAUUGUAACGUUCACCAAAUUAGACAUAAAAUGGUCAUGAAGGAGUAUCAAGAUCAGCUUAGAGCAGCCAUGCUGCGCUCUACUCGGUUAUAUGCAUUUCUACCAGGAGCAUUUGUAGGUAAAGUUCUAUUCAUAUCUGAAGAUGCGUUCCAAUAACGAACAUCGACUAAAUUUUGUAAAACAGUAGAAAAAUAAGUAUUGCUGACGUAAUCACCAUCCAUCCCCCAUGUCAUCAAAAAUAAGCAAAGCGCUCUUUAGUGCUUACUUAAUAAUUGGAUGCUCCCUUCUUUGUUGAAGGUGGUCUUAUUCACUAUUUUGGGAUCUUGGGUUAACCAAAGAGCAUAGAUAUAUAGAGCUUUGAACUCGUAAUCAGUGUUAAAAAAUGGACAAGAUGUCUGACUUUUGAGGAAAUUUAACAGGUCUCCAAAUGUUUAUUUACCUUGUGAGUGAUCAUUUUCUAAACAUAAUUCGCAUUUUUUCCUUUAUGAUCAUAGUUAUCACAUAUUUCACGAAAGCGUUUUGUUUCAAUUAAAUAAAUUAAUUUUAUUUAAAAUUAAUCUUAUUUCAAUUAGACAAACGUUCGCAAAAUUUUGUACUUUUUGUCUCCACUUUUUGUAAUCGAUUGGUCAGACAAACCUGGAUUAUUGAGUUAUUUUUUUUAACGUGUUUUUAAUAGAAUAGGAUAAUUCGAAUGUAGAAUAAAAAAUAUAAAAUUGUAACCGAAACAAAAAAAAUGUAGUGUAGUCACAUGUAACCUUUUAUAUAAUCUUAACCUUAGUUUGUUUGUCACAUGUAACCUUUUAUAUAAUCUUAACCUUAGUUUGUUUGUCACAUGUAACCUUUAAUAUAAUCUUAACCUUAGUUUGUUUGUCACAUGUAACCUUUUAUAUAAUCUUAACCUUAGUGUGUGUUUUGUAGUUUAACUUGUGCACAAGUUUAUUUUGAUUAAUAGAUCUAGACUGAAGCAAAG